AUGCCAUAACAGUUUAAACCGGUUAGGUUGUAGACGACAAACAACUCCACUGUUACCAUAGCCUAUACAAAAUUAAAGGUGCUAAACAAAUGGCGUGGGUAACUAAAGACGAAAGGGAGCGUGAUGGUCUUGUGAAACACACCGGAGGUUGUCACUGCGGUGCGGUGCGUUUUGAGGUGUGGAGCACUCCAGAUUUACACGUGUUCAAUUGCAAUUGCAGUAUUUGCACAAAGAAACAGAAUCGUCACUUCAUUGUACCAAAAUCCCAGUUCACCUUGCUGCAGGGAUCAGACAACAUGACCACAUACACAUUUAACACACACAUGGCCAAGCACACAUUCUGCAAAACGUGCGGCGUCCAGAGUUUCUACACUCCACGUUCCAACCCUGAUGGAUUUGGUGUGGCACCUCAUUGUUUGGAAACUGGAACAGUGAGAAGUGUGACUGUGGAGGAUUUCUGUGGGCAAAACUGGGAGGAAAGUAUGCAGAAGCAUCAUACUAUUAGAAGCAUGUCAAAACCAACAACGGACACAUAAUUGACGGUUUCCUAUGGUCUUUUGAAUAGUUUGACUUUCAGAAUGCAGCUUCAGCCAGAAGAUUUAAGAGGCCGUUUAUACA